ACUCGUGCUGAAGAAGGUGGCCCCUCAGUGAGUGGUACCCUUACAGUGUACAGUAGUGAGUGAACAUAAUCGGUUAAAGAAACGAAAAAAAAAUAUAUCCCCAUUCCCUCCUCCAAGAACCAAGCUUGAAGAUCACUUCCUAAAGCCAUGAAGGUGGUGCUGGUGGUGACGAUGAUGGGGGCAGCGCUGGUGGCUGGCCGCUCCAUCGACAACCCGGCCGAGUUCCCCGACCAGCCCUCGGGGAUGACGAAAGCCGUGGCUACUGUAGGUGGCCAGGGCAAAGCCAGAGCUAUAGUCGUCCCUCCUCCAGUUGAGGUUUCAUCUAAGACGCUAAUAGUGACGGGCAACGCCAGGAAGGGAAAGGUCAUUGAGAUCGGUGAUGACGGUAUUCCUAUCAUCCACGGUGUGAGGGAACCUGAUGACCCCAACGACACUCACGUCUAUAGGAACGCCAGGAUCGUCAACAACAAGCUUAUAACAGCCGAGGAUGAAGUCAAAGCCAACAAGGUAGAGGGCAGGUCAGUGUCCGGGGAGUCAGCCAAGCCCGCCACAGACCGCCAAGCCCGGGUGCUGACCCAAGGAAGCCAACAGCAGACGCAGGGAGGGUUUAAGCCUUCAUCGAUAGUAGCUGUGGCGCCUUCAUCCUCGUCCUCCUCCUUGAAGCAAGUGGCCCUUGAAGACGGAGGCCCAAAGUACCCGGAUUUCUACUACAGGAGGUUUUUUAACAACGAAAGGACCGGGGUUGUGGCCGAAGCUUCCUUUGAGGACGAUAACAUCUCCACCUCCUCUGAACAGGUAGUGAGCUACAGCUACUUGGCAGCACCUAAGGACAGCUCCCGCUCCAGCAGUGACUCCAGGGACGUGGUGUACGGCUCUGGGUCAGCAGCCAAACCUCCUGCACAGAGCCUCUCGCUAGUGGUUUCUCCCUCAGCCUCGGCAGCCAAACCUUCGGCACAAAGCCUCACCCUCGUGGCCUCCCCUUCCUCUUUCGAACCAGUCCGCACCUCCUCCGUUGCCGCCACCUCCCUCUCUAACGCUGUGCCAAUCGGUCACUCGUCACAGUCCAACUUUGCCGUCCACCAUGAUGUGUCGCAUCUAGACACCUCUUCCAAUUAUGGAGUGCUCCACCAAUCUGCCCUCAGCACCCCUCCACCCCACGCCCCACACACCGUCUACAAGGCCAAUCCUGAACACUUUGUUAUCAAGGAUUCGACAUUCCAGGCUCACCCCGGCGCCCCGACCUUCAAUAUUCCCAUCCCAGUACCCACCAACCAAGCCAACCACCACCACAUACGUCACAACACGGAGAGCCAGGCGUCGUCGGAGGCAGGGCAGCAUCUGGUGGGUCUUUCCUCCUUUGCAACUUACGACCAUCGCCAGGAAGUAUCAACAAAGAAACCGGUUUACGAGAAGAUGAUGGAGCCGCUAAGGAAGAUGAGCGAGAGGUUCUAUGAGAUGGCGUCUCCAGUACUCAAGCCGAUGAUGACAGCUGGCCAAAGGUUCUCUGAACGAUUCCAGCUGCCCAAAAGGAUGAGCCACCUGUCCGAGAGAUUGAACCUGGGUACCAUGAACGACUACAUCAGUCGCACAGUUGAUGAUGAGAGCUUACCCCUGGUGGCUGGCGUCGCUCUCCUGGGCACACUUGGUCUGGUUGGGAUUGCUGUGGCCGCGUCCAGUAACGUGACCAUUGGUAAGCGCUCCGUCGACGACCCCACUCUGGAGUUCCUCGAUCAGCUGGUGGAAGAGGUGCCGAUGGGUGAACCUACAUUACUGAACCGCCUGGAGGAGUACGUGCCGUGGGCUGAUUCCAGGUGCUCUAAGAGGAUCUUCUGUGAUCUCAUGACCUACGCUUCUACCGACUUCCAGUACACAAUCGAAAAACGUCUUGGCCUCUUCCUGAACUUGUUGAAUCAUGGAGGUAGAGAAGAAUCUUCUCUUAAACGCACAGCGGCUGACGUCAUGAGAGCCGUUCAUCAACGAAAAUGUGACUUGUUCACCUGUGGAGGCGACCAAGUGGAUUCAUCUCAGGUUUUAAUGGGAGGGUCCGGGCCCCGCUAACUCUGGCUUCCUAACCUUGCUGACCUAGGCCCGGAUACUUAAAUGAUUCGUAUGUUUAUGUUUUCCCCGAAGAAGUGAUGUUAACAAACAAACACAUGAAAAUACUUGAGCUGCAACAAAAAGACCAGCGUUUAUAUAUUGUAGAGUUGAAAUCACAGUCGAGUCAACUGUGAUAAAUUACACUUUCUUAAUGCCAUUUAAGGGGAAAAUAAAAGUAGGAAUCUUUUAGAAUUUGAACCAUUUUGGAUGAUCACCCUUGCUAUCAGUGUACUGUACAAUCUUGGGUUAGACACACUUGGGGAAAUGAUGGACAGUAAACAAUUAUAUGUAUUUUCUUCCGUAGAAUCUGAAGAUUGAGGAAUUUUACAACAAUCUCCCAGACUGGACCAGAAUUUAAGAAAAAAAAAAAGGAAGUGAUCUUUAGAUACACGAACGGGUAAUCAUUGGAUGUGUAUAUGUUUUAUUCUUAAUGUUCAGAUAUUUGUAUUAUUGUUGAUUUUUGUUUAUGUACGUAUGUAUGUAUGCCAUAUUGUGCAGGUUUUGCCACAUACAGUAAACUUAAAGGUCAUAUAACACUAAAUUUGAUUGGUCUCUUAUUGGUUAGACACAAUAUUUAUAAAGACACGGUUAUUUAAAUCACUAAUUUAUUUCCUGGUUUCAAUACAUGUUAUUAAAUUGUUAUCGGCUGGUCCGAGUUUGUAGUGUUUUUGUAUAAACUGUUUUCUUGUAA